ACAGGUUGUCGACAAAACAAUAACAACAAAUUUGCAGAAGUCGCGUUCUUGCAUCAUUUUAGGAAAUACGAACACGAACAGUUUAUAAAAAAGCGUGUACGUAAAAGAUAAAGACAGUUGCUAAGCAAUGUCUCAAGCAGUGAAUAAGUCAGCAAUUAGCGUUCUCGACGAAUUUUGUAAAAGAAAAAUUCAGCCACCGGCGGUGUAUACAUUCAUUUCGGAUGAAGAUGCAUCGAAUUUUGUGUGCACAGUGAAAUCGUUCAACGAAACAAAAACGGGAAUAGCCAAAUCAAAGAAAAAGGCGAAGCAUAUCGCAGCUCAAAAUCUCAUUUACGCAGCCUGGAAUCGUUCAAAUUUGAUUUGGUAUUUCUCAAUGUGUCGUCGCUUUCUGUAGACGAAACUAAAGUUAGCAGCUCAACCACGGACGAAAAGAAACGAAAGGCAACAACCACAUCUGUCCCGGAGAUCAAUUAUGUUGGACAAUUGUUGGAGUAUUGCACAAAAAGCAGACUACCGCCGGCUUCUUUUGAAACGGUCGAAUCUACCACGAAACCAGGGAAUCUGAGUGAAUUUUGCAUGAAAUGUACGGUGAAUAAUAUCGAAAAGCUGGGAACCGGUCCAAAUAAGAAGCAAGCAAAGCGGAUAGCCGCACUGAAAGUGUUGGAAGCAAUUAAGCUGGAAGAAACGACACCGAAAGGCGGUUCUCAGACUGAUGAACCACCAGUGAAACGAUUAAAGACUUCUGAUAGAAGUGAAGGCGCCGACGUUUUACUAGCAGAGUUAGUGAACAGUGUCGCUAAGGCAGAAGCGAAAGUGCCACCGAAGGCAAACCUGAUCAUUGACCAUUGUAAUUUGUCCACUGAUUCUAACGAAGAUGAUAACAGUGAUCAGUUUAGUGAUGGAUGUGCAGCCGAUGAUUGUGACGAAAUCAGUGACACAUUCGACUUGUACUCGACUGAUUCGAAAAGUGAUUCAAGUGGAACGUCAGAAGACUGUUAAUUCUGGCGCAAGCAUUCUGCAUAUGGGCGGAAUUAUUUAAAAAAAAAUUAUUAACAGUCUGUGCCUUCCGCUUGUACAUAAAAUGUACAAUAUUGAUAAUACUCAACACAAAUAAAGAUUGGAUGGAAUUAG